AGUGCUGUGUAGUGCAGAGCCACGCGUCAUUCAACUAGACGCGUUGACUGGCGUAGGUUCGUUGACUUCACUGGCCUCUUGAACAAGUCUGGAGAACUGAAGAGGUCUUCCACGUCAGGCAUUUCCCAACCUUGCUCCAACGGCAAGAACUCUUUGUCGAGCUCUGGUUUGGUGCGGCUUGCCAGCAGCCGAAGUGGAUUCCUUGCUGUCUUCUCCGAGAUAUAUGAGGACUACGAAGUGAGAUCUGUAGUAUUACUAGCUUUGCCUGGAAACACGCGCAGAGUGGAGCGGAGCCGGGUGGAUUUUGAGCUGCGCAGCGAAUAUUUUGCGUCUUGUUGUCGUCGGCAAGGAAGAAACGACAAGAUGUUUCAGUUGCGCUCUGUAGUAUUGCUAGUGGCGUUGAUGGCGCUGGAUGCUCGUGCAAUUGUAUCGCCCUUUGAAGACCUACACGACAUCUUGAGUCCACCAGGAGUCGAUCCGAUCGGCAUCACAGCCCUACCACCAUGCGCCGAGUUCAUGCAAGCCAUGUUGGUGACCGGAGAAAGCUGUCACAUGGAGGUGCCUGCCCUGUGUCCCCGCGACGACGAGGACUGCAUACAGGAAUUCCGUCGCCGGAAACACCACCGUCCCCGCGGCGGCGAUGAUGAUGACGACGCGAGUGCUAGCGGAAGUGGCAGUGGAAGCGGUAGUGGUAGUGGCGAGAGCGGUAGCGGAAGCGGCGAUUGGGGGAGUGCCGGCUCCGGCUGGGAAGUACCGACCGAAUCGCCGCAGAUCCAGUGUCUGGACGAGUUCCGCAACCCACGAUCGGUUGUUUGUCGACGUCUCGAGAGUACCGGCCCUGGUGCAAAGGUCACCAGUGCAAAGGUACCAACCACUGGUACGCCCACCUCUACCACACGGCCAACACUGCCAAAUGCUAAACCAACGACAGGUGUGAUUCCGGACACCAAGGAAUCAGUCAUGACCAAAACGGCUGUGACGGAAGGCACAGAGGUCUCGGAAACGACCGAGAAUGAUAAUGAUAAGUUUGUCACCACAGCCGACAACGUUCAUACCGAUGACGUCACCACCGACCAAGCUGCUGCUACGUCCGAGAGAGAUCUGGAGACGCCCAAGGUCACGGUGAUGAGAGAGACCGACGUGAACAUCGAGGAACAUGACGCGGAGGCGGACGGAAACGAGCAGAUGGUCACGAUCGUCGGUAUCGGCGUCGGCGCCUUCGUCGGCUGCGUCAUCUUGGCUGUCAUAGCAACCAUCCUGGUGCUGCGUUUCAAGCAGAAUCAGGAAACGCACUACAUGGUGGACGCGGAGAUCAACAGCCAGCGGAGCGGCAGCAGCGGCAGCAACAGCAGCGCCACCAGCACGACGCCACUUCAGAAGAAGUCGCCCAAGACACAAGUAUUCGUAUGAGCUCUAUUUACCGUCUGUUCCUUGCACCUGACAUAGGCUAAGUUUGACCUCGUGAGUAUGUGCUCCUGCCGAUAUCUACUGCAAGGAACUACUCGAGAGGGAGAGCAACACACAGCAACUGAAUUCUAGCACCUUAAUUGAACAUAAUACUCCAAGCCGUGCCCGCGCGCGCGUGUGUGUGUGUGUGUGUUUGUGUGUGUGUGUGUGUGUGUGUGUGUUUUAACUAAUGUGCGUGCAAUAAACGCACUUGCGUGUUGCACUGCGUCCGGUCAGCCGAGCCGAGAUCUGAAAAUUCAGUGAAGUGUGGCGGGAGAUGACAAGGAGCCUUAGUAUCUGUGCUACUUUCUACCACCAAUACCAUUCAUCAACAUUUUCUUGUAGAGUUGCCCUUCUUCUGCGCUCUCCUAUGUGCAUCGGCCAGAUUUCCUCGUCCACUGAUGGAACAUGUCCAGAAUUUCAGAAUUAUCCACGUCCCACCCUGCACCAUGCCGUACCGCCAGACAUGAUUGUAUCCGUUAUGAUUUCCGUUAGCGUCAGAGCCCCUCAAUGUAGAUCCUUUUUUCUUUACUCGCAACUAUUGAACGUACAACCCUACAACCUAUAAGCACUAACGACUCAUCCCCUGCCAAGGCCGUGAGCUUGAAUCUUCCCUGUGUUCGAUCACUUCAUGCGCAUGUUGACUACUGCUGCUUUUCCUAAGACAUGUACUCACCGAUGUGACGCGAAGUUGGGUGACAGCCGUUGUUUCUCUCUAUGUUUUGCUUUCUUUGCGCAAGCAACCUUGUGAUCAACCGCUGUUCCUGCCGUCUAUGCGUAUUUGUUUCAUGGUUGCGUUCCGUAUAUUUGCAUUCUUUCAACCCCUCUGGAUUUUUGGGGCUCUGUGAUUUUCUGUAUGGCGCUAAGCCUUCGCCAGAUAUUGUGAUGCUGUACAUACGAAA